AUGAGAAAGGAAGAAGCUGCCCUGAACGAGGUCACAACAAUGCAAUCGCUAGAGGGGGACCGCUUCCACGCGGACAAUGUCUGCAAUCAGUGCGGUCACUUUGGCCACUGGCUAGGUGACUGUAUCUUCCCGGACGACGGCGGCUUCACCAUGGGCUGUCCCAUCCACAACGCGAAGAGUCACACCUGGGACGACUGCCCUGAUGCGAAGAAGAUGAGCCUCGAGCGCAAGAUCAUGUACCUAAUUCUACGACGGAGGAACAAGCCAGCGAUACAGUCGACGCAGCCCUGGAUUGAACUCGUCAAGCUGGCGUUGGAACAAGGCUUGGAGGAAUACUGCUGGGGACCUUCGGUGUGGACCCGGGAAUUCGUCAUGAAGAUGGUCCGGGGACCGAGGGCUGGCCACCCAUGGCUCAACUUUAAUUAUGGCCGACAACUUGUUUCUACUUUGCCCAAAGACCCGAAGACCAUGGAUGACCCCGGAGUCUUGGUUGAGAAGCGAUUGCUCUGGGAUCAGGUUCGCAAGCCACGUCUCCAAAAGGAAAAGCAUAGCUAUGACCGUUAG